GCAGCCUUGCGCUGAGGAUAUCGCAGAAACUCGCAGGCAUUCGCGCUGCAUUCAGCCUUUAUAUCUCCAGCCUGAGCGCUGCGCGUCGGCCGCACGCCACUCAAAUCAACAUCAGCAGGGCUCGUGCGGUGUUUAUUGCUUACUGGUGCGGCGCGCGCGCUUAAUGGAUUAAAAUGUGAAUCUAUGAGUUACUUUGCAGCAAAGGCUGAUAUCUGACUGACAUCAUUCACCAGGCAGCUCUGGAGCAGGAUUUUUAAAGAUGGAGUUCUGGGUUCUGCCAGCAUGUCGGAUCAGCUUGAUGUUGACACUGAUGUCGUCCACUGGUCGGGGAGUAGCGAGCCAGACGCAGAGUGCUUACUUCCUCCCUGAAUUUGCACUUUCUCCACAAGGAAGCUUUCUGGAAGACACAACAGGAGAGCAGUAUCUCACUUACCGCUAUGAUGACCAGUCUUCAAGAACGACACGCUCAGAUGAGGAGAGGGACACCGAUUGGGACGCCUGGGGCACGUGGAGCGACUGUUCUCGUACCUGUGGAGGCGGAGCCUCAUAUUCUCUGCGCAGGUGUCUCAAUGGAGGGAACUGUGAGGGCAGGAACAUCCGCUACAGAACAUGCAGCAACACAGAAGUUGGCUGUGACAGACAACUGGGAAGCAACGCUAAAGAGGACAACUGUGGCGUGUGCGCUGGAGAUGGUUCCACUUGUCGACUGGUUCGAGGCCAGGCUUUGCCCCACGUGUCACCUGAGGAACGUAGACUGUUGCUCUGUUUGUUGGAGCAUCCCGAGCAGCCAGACACAACAACACUGGAUCAGCCCAGAGCCGUAACCAGCGUAGACACCAUAAAAACGGUGAUCGAAGUGCCGAUGGGUAGCAGAGGCCUCAGAAUCACGGCCAAGGGACCAGACAUGAUUGGAAGUUGUCUCAGGCAAUCAGAAGCGUCUACGAUUGACUUGCCAAAGAGCUCUUCCAACAUCUGCAAUAUAGUGAAGUACGCUGGCCUUAAAGACACAGUGAUGCAGUUCAUGUUUUACCAGCCUAUUCGCUACCAGUGGAGGGAAACUGACUUCUUCCCCUGCUCUGUCACCUGCGGAGGGGAUUUGGGGUGGGAGCAGAACCCGUGGACGUCGUGUUCGGUGUCGUGUGGAGGAGGUUCUCAGGAGAGAAGCGUGGGGUGUGUCGAGGAGGACGUCCAUGGGCAGAUCGUGCAGGUCGAGGAGUGGAAGUGCACACACUCUCCUCGACCAAUCAGCAAACAGAACUGCAACACCUUUGAGUGUCCGCAGUGGAUGGCCAUGGAGUGGUCUCAGUGCACGGUCACCUGCGGCCCAGGCUUGCGGUACAGAGUCGUGUUGUGUGUGGAUCACAGUGGGCAACACACUGGCGGCUGCAGUCCCCACCUCAAACCCCAUAUCAAAGAGGACUGCCUGGUCCCCGUCGCCUGCCACAAACCACGAGAGAACCAACCUGUUGAAGCCAAGCUGCCAUGGUUGAAACAGGCUCAAGAGCUGGAAGAAAUCAAAGUAGCCUGGGAAGACCCAACGUUCAUCCCAGGUCCGUGGUCGGCCUGCAGUGUGUCUUGUGGUCUGGGCGUUCAAAGGCGUCAAGUGAAAUGCAAAGUGCUGCUGUCUUUCACUCAAACCGAAGUCGAAUUACCUGAUGAAGAGUGUGACGAGGACAAGCCUCCCCUACAAAGGACCUGUGAUUCAGGCCCCUGUUUACCAUCUCCAGACUCGUCCUGGAGGCCCCUGAUGGCCCAGGAGAUCCCUGAUCAGCAUGGCUAUGUUUGGGAAUACAUGGGCUUCACUCCCUGCUCAGCUUCAUGUGCUGUUGGCAAACAGAUGGCUGUUGUCAGGUGUGUGAGCACCUUGAAAAAGGAAAUUGUUGAUGACACACUCUGCAACGGCUCCAAAGCGCCACUCGCCGUGCUUCGCAUCUGUAACCCUCAGCCGUGUCCUCCAAGAUGGGAGGUGAGCGUGUGGAACCCGUGUUCUGUGUCGUGUGGCGUGGGGCUGCAGACGCGCAGCGUGUCCUGCGUGAGGUCUGUGGCAGGAAACCGCACUGAAUCUGUGUCCAGCAAAGAGUGUCUGGAGAGAAGACCUCCAGAACUGCAGGCCUGCAACCAGGUGGCGUGUCCACCGGCCUGGGACGCUGAGGAGUGGCAGCAGUGCUCUCAUUCGUGUGGCAGAGGAACUCAGUGGCGUAAGGUUUACUGUAAACAGAGAAUGGCUACUGGAAGUUACCGCAGGUUGAGUGACGAGGAGUGCGCUGGAACCAAACCCGACGGCCACAUGAUUUGCAACAACCCUGACUGUCUGCUGCCUCGUCUGGAAGGAGGAGAGUGGUCAAAGUGUUCUGUGACGUGUGGAAAAGGCGUUCAGCGGAGGGAACCCGUGUGUAGGAGACAGACGGCCUCCGGUCAGUUGGUCACUCUGGACAGGUCGGCCUGCAGGGACCUCCCUCUCCCUCCUCUGAUCAGGAGCUGCCGUAUGAGCCCAUGCAGCAAGCACAAGCACUCCAAAAAACGUUGCCCUCUGGUCAUUGGCCUGAAACGCAUCUACAUCCAGACCAGACAAGAAAAACGCCUCAGUUUUACCAUCGGAGGACGAGCCUACCUUCUUCCCAAGACCUCCAUCGUUAUCAAGUGUCCCGUUCGGCAUUUCCCUAAAGCUCAGGUCCGCUGGGAGAAGGAUGGGAGUGAUCUGACCAGUUCCAAACGUCUGAGCGUCACCAAAUCUGGCGCUUUGAGGAUCUACAACCUGGAGGCUGAAGAUAUCGGACUGUACCGCUGCUGGGCCAGCCAAGAUUCAGAGAUUUUCAUCCUGAAGCUGAUCGGAUACAAUAAUAGACUCCUGGAACAUCCUGAAGGAAAGAGUUUGGGAAGAAGAAACUUUCAUCCGUAUGUCAACAAAGAAGGAGGUUACGUUGGUUCAAAGUGCCGUGAGGGGUUUCCACAUGGAAAGAAGGCUCCAAAAUCUCGCCCGGGCUGGAUGGAAAAAAACGAGUACUACCGAGAUGACGAUGGCCAGCCUAAGGAGCUCUGGGAUACUCUUGCUUUGGGGAACUAUGCUUUGGCUUCAGCCGCCAGGAGCCACACGGGAGCCUUUGUCCUUGAUCCUGCACAGUUCGAGGAGCUCGUGAAGAACAUCAGUCAGCUGGCCGAGAGUGGAGAUGUGACAGAUGAAAUGGCGUUGCACCUGAUUGGAAAACUUAUGGAGGAUUUGGCUGCUGCGGGGCAAGGGACACCAACUGAGGAAAGCACUGCGAUGGACAAUCAUUUAGAUAAGACGCCAAACACUUCUGAACGUUCUGAGGGAAAGGCGGCAAAAAAAGGCAGUCGGGCGGUUAUCGGUCGACAAAAGCAUCACGGAUCUGCCAUGAGCUUCCAGAGGGAUCUCCGGAUCCAUGUGGGCAGGACCGCUUACCUCACCAAUGCUACCCACAGCCUCACGCUGAUGUGUCCCGCUCAGGGAUUGCCACCUCCAAACCUCUCUUGGAGCAAAGAUGGAGCUCCGCUUCAGAACAGCGACAGGGUUUCGUGGGACAGCGAUGGAGAAGUACACAUCCUCAGCCCCGGCGCCAGUGACGUGGGAACCUACAGAUGCACCGCCACCAACGAUUUGGGCUCAGAUUCAGAGACAACACUAGUUCUGCUGGCUGAAACUCCCACGAUCGCUGCCUCGCGGAGAAACACGUCAGAUCUGAAGAGCAGCAGUCUGAAGGUGGUGGUCGGGGGGGACAUCAGUGUCCGUUUAGGUGCCAACCUCACCCUGGAGUGCCCCGCCAAAGGUGUCCCGCGGCCAACAGUGAGCUGGCACCGUAAGGAGGGUCCGCUGGGCGCCAGCGCUAGUCCUCUCCUGGACGGAUCUCUGCUCCUGAGAAACCUCACACCGCAAGACUAUGGCACCUACUCCUGCGUGGCUGCCAACAGCAUUGGAAAGUCGGUGGCCUCCGGCCUGCUGCGUGUGGCGGGAGGAGCUAUGGGUGAAUCUGAGCACCAGGCUUCAAAGGAGAUGAACAGGAAGAGGGUUCUGAUGGCCUCAGUGAUCGGCACCAGCGUCACAGUCAAACCUGGAGAUACCUUACGGAUAGGUUGUCCGGUGGUCCCCAGUCACAGGAAACCCAUCAAGUGGUCAUAUCAGAACCAGACCCUGAAACAGAGUCCAGGCGUGAGCUACCGCAUGCUGGUGAGGGGAAGAGUUCUGGAGAUGAACACGCACGGAGGGAAGUUUGACGGACGCUACGAGUGCCAAACACAAACCAACAACCAGCAGCAUCUCACGGCUUGGAUUCACGUGCUUUCACAAGAGUUUGAGUGGCGUUUGGGCGAGUGGAGCACAUGCAGCGCUUCCUGUGGCAACAGAGGGACUCAGAUGAGGAAAGUGCGAUGUCUGACGUCAGAGGGCCAAGAGAUGCCUCAUUCAGUCUGUCAUCAUCUUCCCAAACCGAUCAGUCAACCACGGCCGUGCAACCUGCUAGACUGCCCUCCCAGUUGGGUGUCGACAGUGUGGUCCAGAUGUUCCAGUUCCUGUGGGCGGGGCUUCAGAGAUAGGCGGGUCUCCUGUCAGCAGGUGGAGGCAUCGGGGGGCGUGAGGGUUUUGUCCGGGACAGCGUGUGAAGGAUCUCCUCGACCUGAAGACAGGGAGGAGUGCAGCUCACACACGUGCGUGGAGUGGCUCACCGGCCCCUGGGGGAAGUGCACAGGUCGAUGUCUGGGGCCUGCGGUGGCCACGCAGAGCAGAACCGUCUCAUGCAGACACUUCAGCAACUCCACGUCCAAAACAUGCAACCCAAAAGAAAGGCCAUCAUCCGUGAGGAACUGCUCGUCCGAGAUGUGUGACGUACACUGGACGGUGUUCCCGUGGAGGACGUGCACCGCGGCGUGCGGCAGCGGCUUCCAGUCCCGCCGGGUGGAAUGCGUCCAUCGGCAGAACAAGAAAACCCUCCCUGACCAGCACUGCACCUGGCAACGGCGGCCUUCUACCUGGCAACACUGCAACAUCACUUCCUGUGGCAGUGAGUGUAAGGACCGAACCCACUACUGUCCUGUGGUGAAACGUCUCAAGCUGUGCUCCGUGGACCUGUACCGGCAACGCUGCUGCCAGACCUGCUCACAGGACACCAGCGCUACCUAGUGACCAGCAGAGGCACAAGAGCCCAAAACAACAGAUGCCCUUUUCAGUCACCGCACUGAUCUCUCUCCUAAAGCAGAAUAUUGUUCAAUCGUACAAACCCUUGGACACCUAGAGUGUAUGGACUAAAAGGUAUUUGGACUACACUUCACUGGAUGCUUUCCCACAAUCAUCAGAAGUCCAAAGAGAAAAUCACUUGAUGAGAUUUGAAACUUCUCUCUUCACCAGCUUUCUCUGCAGAUCUCAUUUGAUCUUGCCCUGAAAGUGAUAUUAUAUGUGUAUUAAUUUAAGAUUUUUACUUGUGAAUAUGAGAGGACAAAUCUUAUCGGACCAUUCACCAACGUGAAGGAAAUAUAAAGGCCUCUUGGGUGUACAUGAUGCACUGAUACUAAUAAUAUCAGUAGUACACAGCUUGGAGUAUUAAGAGUAUUUUUUUUUUUAAGUCAGAGUCCAACCUUAAAGUCAACAUGAAAUGCUGUCACAACCCAUUCUACUUCUCUAAUUUGCUUACUUCAGAGUCAAACAGGAUAUUCAAUGAGAAAAAUGUAGAGCGGAGCUUUAUUCUAUGUAUUAGGACUUGAUUGGCUCAUGAAUGGAGUCAUGUGGUCAGAGGGGAGGAGUUAGAGAAGUAAGAAAGGUUUGUGAUUUCAGCCGGAAAGGGAAAUCGUUGCAGAGGGGAAGCAUGUUUUACAGCAUCUUAUUUCCACCACGGAAUGAGAAAAUACAAAUGGUAAUUGUGACUUA